AUUCGUUAACAAGCCCUUACAUCAGCUUCCAGCGAAGAACGGCCGGUGGCGCUCUACUCGCACCCGCAUGGCCGCCGUCUCUUACCUCCGAUUUUCUCUCUCUAAACUUUCCCCAAUCCCAGCUUCGAUCCUCCGAUUUUCAAACCCUAUUUACUUCUCCUCUUCCGCUUCUUCACCGCCCACCGCCGCCCAAUCCUCACCUGCGCCGCCGCCGCCUUCGCACCACGCGAACCACCACGUAGGCGGCGAUAAAUGGGAGCCUUUCCGAAAAAAGAAAGUCGUAAUGCGGGUCGGAUACGUCGGAACUGAUUAUAGAGGACUGCAGUUGCAAAAAGAUGUACCCUCACUGUCCACCAUUGAGGGAGAAUUGGAAAAUGCCAUUUUUAAAGCUGGUGGGAUUCGAGAUAGUAAUUUUGGGAAUUUGCAUAAGAUUGGAUGGGCCAGAAGUAGCCGAACUGAUAAAGGAGUUCACUCCUUGGCGACCAUGAUAUCCCUAAAAAUGGAAGUUCCUGAAAAUGCAUGGAAGGAAAACCCUAAUGGCAUUGCUCUUGCAAAUUAUGUGAAUGCUCAUCUUCCUAACAAUGUCAAAGUUUUCAGCAUUUUGCCUUCACAAAGGAGCUUUGAUGCUAGAAGGGAAUGCAACAUCCGCAAGUAUUCUUACCUGCUGCCUGCUGAAAUUAUUGGAAUAAAAAAUAAUUUCACCCCAUCUGAAAUUGAUUAUCAUCUGUCAGACUUCAAUCAUAUUUUGAAUACUUUUGAGGGAGAACAUCCAUUCCACAACUAUACAAUACGAUCCAAAUAUAGGAAAAGAAAUUCUGCAAAACAAUUAUCUAUAGAGGACGGAAAAGCAAGAUGUUCUGAGUCGGAUCAAAGUGAUGGAGAAGAAACUCUUGGUGCAGAUGACAUGGCUGCAAUGGAUGUCCAGGGAAAUGAUAAUGGUAUAUCACGACCCAUUGCUUCUGACAAACAUCCUGUACAUAGUAAUGAUGAGCAUGGGAAUAAUUUGAAGGACCAUGAACCAGUUUUAGCAGUUCGUGCCAGAUGGCUACAUGAACCUCAUGAAAAAGACAGACUCAGUGCUUCCCACUUUAGAAAGAUUUUGCGCUGUUCUUGUGGAAAGCUUGAGCAGUUUCUUGGUAUGAAUUAUGUUGAGAUCUCCAUCUUUGGGGAAUCAUUCAUGUUACAUCAAAUCCGCAAAAUGGUUGGGACGGCUGUUGCUGUCAAGCGUAAGUUGCUCCCCAGAGAUGUUCUCAAGUUGUCACUGGCCAAGUUUGCUCGGAUUAUCUUACCCCUGGCCCCAUCUGAAGUUCUAGUUUUGAGGGGAAACAAUUUUGUCUUGAGAAAUCGACCUGGCAAUGUUACAAGGCCUGAAAUGCUGUCUUUGGUUGAAUCAGAAGAAAUUUUGAAGGUCGUUGAUGAGUUCUACAAUUCUGUAAUGUUACCUCAAGUCUCUCAAUUCUUGGAUCCUUCAAAAUCUCCUUGGAAAGGAUGGAUUGAGACAUUGGAUGCAAAUACAAGCAUUAAAGAAGCAGAAUUAGAUGAGAUUAGGAAGGCUUGGGAACUGUGUUAUGAAAAGUUUUGGAGUGGCAAUGGUGCCUGCAUUACAGCUGUGAACACAUGAGCCUUUGGAAAGUUUGAAAUGCUCCUCAUAUUUUGGAGGAACUAUUUCACUGUUUAUUUCUGGGCACAGAAAAGCCAGGAAGUAAAUUGGUGUCGCUGAACACUAGAGUGGCAUCUUAUAAUGAUUUUUCUUUAUCCAAGUUCUGUUCGUACGAAAAUGAUUGGCUGUUUGCCACCUCCCUUGCUUCCUUGCAUCCUUUUGUUUGAGGUGCUGUUAACUUGAUGAUCAGCCUUAAUCAUUCAGGCAGAUUCUGCUGAGAUUUGGGCAUUUCGUUGUGUCCAGUCUGCGAAGAAGGUUUAUGAUGAUUUCAUGCCUGAAUGUCUUCAAGAAGCAACUGACAGUGUCUAUAAAGGUUUCUCAAGAACUUCAAUAGUGAAGAAAAAUAGUCCUCUGGUCAUGCUCAAACACUGGCUAUUAACUGAUUUGUAUUCAUCAUAUCAAGCCUCGCUGUUCCCAGCCGAGGCAGCUCAAGUUGUAGUCUUCUUCCUACUCAUAAAAGAAGUAUGCAAUUGUAUUGUCAAAUACAUCACCAAAUGUAUGAGUAAUUGACACACACGCGAAAGGUUAAUGUCCCUCAAAUAUUGCUGCUCCUUAGAUAGAUUUCGUCGAGUGCGUGGCUUUCGCCCUUGUUGUAGGGGCUUUCGAUUGUAGACGUUAGAUAUUGAUCUUCAUUGAUGUUUUGGCAACGAUGAUAUCUAAUUAGUUAUGGUGAAUGAAAUUGCUUCUCAUUUUCCA